AUGGCAAGUUCUCGCCGCCUACACGAAAAAGUCGCUAUCAUCACCGGCGCAUCGUCUGGUCUAGGCAGAGCGAUAGCUUUACGUUACGGACUAGAAGGCGCAAAGAUAGUCUGUGCCGACCUGACACCCACAGCCCGAUCGCAAGAAGAAGCUGCUAUCACAACCCAUGAUUUGGUUAUACAAAAUGGCGGAGACGCCAUCUUUGUAGCAACCGAUGUUGGUGAUGCUGUGCAAAUGGAAAAUUUGGUCAAGGCCGCCGUGCAGACUUAUGAAAGAAUUGAUAUUCUAGUCAAUAAUGCUGGAAUUAGCAUCGAGGCACGGAGCCCGGCCGUGCUGCAUCUGACAGACGAGGCAACGUGGGAUACCACUAUGCGUGUCAAUGUCAAAUCCGUCUUUCUCGGCUGCAAGUAUGCGCUCACACAAAUGCUGUCACAAGAGCCAAAUUCUUCCGGUGAUCGAGGAUGGAUCAUCAAUAUAUCGUCCAUCAUGGGCAUGAUCGGGGGACCGGAGAACCGUAAGUCUAAUCGAGACGUGUUGGUGCAUUGGGCUGAUACAUGGUUUCAAGCAUCAUAUUGUGCAUCAAAGGGGGCUGUCAGUCAACUUACGCGACAAAUAGCGUUAGACUAUGCCCCACAUAACAUCCAUUCCAACGCAAUUUGUCCUGGAUAUACACAGACAGCCAUUUUCAAGGAGACUACUAGCUACUGCACUCCCUGGGAUGACCUCAACCGCCGACACCCACUGAAAGGUCCCGGGCUUCCUGAUGAUAUUGCCAAGAUGGCAGUUGUUUUGGCGAGCGAAGAUGCUAAUUGGGUCACGGGGAUUUGUUUGCCGAUUAUUGUUUGA